AUGGCGAAUCCAACAUAUCUCGAUUUCACUACAAACACUGCAAACCCCUAUUAUCUUCAUCCCAAUGAAAACCCUUCCUUGAUCCUUGUUACUCCCCUUCUCGAUCACACAAAUUACAACUCGUGGUCUCGAGCAAUGAAAGUCGCUUUGAUCUCCAAAAACAAAUUGCGAUUCGUCGAUGGUACCUUUCUCCCUCCUGCUACCGGUCAUGCUCUAUCUGAUUCCUGGCUUCGCUGCAACAACAUGAAAAAUGUAGAAAAGCGAUUUUCUCAAGGUGAUAUCUUCAAGAUUUCAGAUUUGCAAGAUGAACUCACCUAUCUUCAUCAAGGUUCCUUAGAUGUCUCUACCUAUUUCAUAAAACUGACAUCUCUUUGGAAACAGAUUGAUUCAUUUCGCCUUACUCGUGACUGCACAUGUGAUAUUCCUUGCACUUGUGGUGCUGCUUCUGAUCUCCGCAAUUCCAAGGAACAAGAUCGCGUUAUCAAGUUUCUGAAAGUUCUCACUGAAUCUUUUUCCACUGUUCGCUCCCAGAUUUUGCUUACCGACCCUCUUCCUUACUUGGACAAGACUUUCUCCAUGGUUCUUGGUGUAGAACGACGCAUUAGUAAACCUUCUCCCACUGAUUCUUCUGUUAUGGCCAUGACUUUCCAUCCUUCCAUAGAUCCUGGUGGAGCCCGUGGUUCCAAUUCCUAUCGGGGUCGAGGACGUUCCAACUUAGGUCAUGGUUCAUCUUUAGGUCGCGUAUGUACCCAUUAUGGUCGCACUAAUCAUACUAUCAACACAUGCUUCAUCAAACAUGGAUAUCCCCCUGGAUACAACUAUAAAACUCAGAAACCUUCCAUCAAUAAUACCACUCUUUCCACCCAUGUUGAGCAACCGUCUGAUUCUCAUGAAUCUCCACACUCCUUGGCCAUAAUCCAGGCACAAUACAAUCAGAUUAUGCAACUCCUUCAAGAGUCGUCUCCUUUGACUUCUCUCACACCUGAAACUGCCUUACCUAACAUCAAUUUCGUUUCUACUUCUCUAGAUGGUAAGCCACAUGUAUUUUGGGUAAUUGAUACAAGUGCUACUCAUUAUAUCACUCCUACUUUAAAUAAUUUUGUGUAUUACUCCUAUGUCUCUCCUAUCAACAUGAAGUUACCUAAUAGUAACAUUGUUUUAACUAACAUUGCAAGGACAAUAUGUUUAUCUAAACAUCUAACCUUAAAUAAUGUUUACUACAUUCCUACUUUCAAUGUUAACUUAAUAUCUGCUUCUAAGCUUAUUGAUUCUUCUUUUUGUCAUCUAACUUUCACUAAUGACAAAUGUUUCAUUUUGCGGACAAAUUCAAAGACUCCAAUUGGUUUAGCUGAUCGACAUGGAGACCUCUAUGUUCUUGUUGCUCAGGCCUCUUUCUCUACAACCCCCUCCCCCUUUACUUGUAAUUAUGUCUGA